AUGCACCGUCCUCUCCGCAGAGACUACCCUCUCCGUGCCUCGACCCGUGCACGAUCUCAGUCCCCCGUCACGGAACACAAGGACCUAUCAGCAUCACCCUCCCUGUUCGAGGGUGAUUUUUUCGGGAACAAUUACCAGGAGGAGGAUUUCCCAUUCCCAGAGGAUGCCAAUCGGGUCGAUGAUGUACUUGAAGUCAAUCACCCAGACCUCCACAAGGACACGGUGGAUGAAUACAGUGAUGAUGGUGAGGAGGACGAAGAACAGGAGGCUGUUGGACGUGAUGCCGUUGAGCAGGGCUGGGAACCGCCCAGGGAAGAUACAGGAACUGCGGCUGACAGUGAUCUUCGUAUGGAUGUUGAUGAGGAUCCUGAAGCAGAUCCUGCUCCCAGUCCACCCGGUGGUGUACCGCCGCAGGCCCACGAGCAGCUUCGCAAUGCGCCAUCACAUAUUGAUCUUUUCGGAGGCAUGGCUGGAGUGCCGAUUCAUGGCGCCUUUGAGAGGCACUCAGGAUAUCAAUCAUACCUGGACAAUGUAGAAGGUGGCAAGUCCAACGAAUGGGCCCCAUUUAUGUCUUGUAUCGAUUGGGAGGUUGCGCGAUGGGCGAAGCUCCGCGGAUCGGGCUCUACUGCAUUCAGUGAUCUUCUUGCUAUACCCGGGCUACAAGAAACCUUGGGUCUCUCCUACCGAAACACUAAUGAGCUCAACAAGAUCAUCGAUAUGAAGUUGCCUACACGCCGACCCGCUUUCACGCACCAAGAAGCUCAUGUUGCCGGUGAAGCAUUUGAUAUGUUCUCGCGUGACAUCGUUGAAUGUGUUCGUGCGCUGUAUGGUGACCCCGAACAUGCGCAGUAUCUCUCAUUUGCACCAGAACGUCAUUAUGCAGAUGAAGACAAGACACAACGGUUGUAUCAUGAUAUGAAGACGGGCAAAUGGUGGUGGAGCACACAGAAAGUGCUCGAAAAGGAGAGUCCGGGUGCCACCAUCGUCCCAAUCAUACUUUCAUCGGACAAGACACAGCUAACGUUAUUUCGUAACAAGACCGCAUAUCCCGUGUACCUCACCAUCGGAAAUCUACCGAAGGAGAUUCGCCGAAAGCCGUCGCGUCAAGGUCAAAUCCUUCUCGCAUACCUGCCAACGUCACGCUUGGAACAUAUCAAGAAUAAGGCAGCACGUCGCCGUACCUUGGCGAAUUUAUUUCACUCAUGCUUAGCUCGCAUAGUGGAACCUCUCCAAGAAGCUGGCAGGUCAGGGAUUGCAAUGGCUAGCGGUGAUGGAGUUGAGCGUCGCUGCCAUCUCAUACUGGCCGCAUAUGUCGGGGAUUAUCCGGAGCAAUGUCUGGUGACCUGUGCGUACACCGGAGACUGUCCUGUGUGCGACUGCCCCCACGAUGAUCUUGGUUCUUUUCCUUGCGAGUACGACUAUCGCGACCUUGAUGCUGUCUACGAAGCACUGGAUUUAUUAGGCUCACCAAAAUUCAAUGAAGCCUGUGAAUCUGCCAACAUCAAACCCAUACAGCAUCCAUUCUGGGAGAAAUUACCGUAUGUCGACAUCUUCCGCUCCAUCACUCCCGACAUUCUUCACCAGCUGUACCAAGGAGUGGUAAAACACCUUCUUUCAUGGCUCACUGAUGUAUGUGGUGCGGCCGAGAUUGAUGCACGUGUGCGACGUCUACCUCCGAAUCACGAUAUCCGCAUCUUCCACAAAGGGAUCACAAGUCUUUCACGAGUCAGUGGGACAGAACACAAGCAAAUGUGCCGUUUCCUGCUUGGUUUAGUCAUUGAUAUUCCUAUGCCCAGAGACCUGUCAGCAGCGCCUCUAGUUCGUGCGACACGGUCUAUUCUGGAUUUUCUAUACCUUGCACAGUAUUCCGUUCACACCGAGGAGACCCUACAGGCUCUGGACGCGUCGCUUAUGGAGUAUCAUGCCAACAAGUAUAUCUUCGUGGAUCUGGGAAUACGUGAUCAAUUUAACAUUCCGAAGUUUCAUUUCCUCGAACACUACGCCCGUAGCAUCAGGCUUUUCGGCACUACUGAUAACUACAACACGGAAUCCACUGAGCGGCUUCACAUCGAUUUCGCCAAGGAUGCCUAUCGCGCAACAAAUUGUAAGGAUGAAUUUCCACAGAUGACCAAGUGGCUAGAGCGGCGCGAAAAGGUGAUCCACCAUGCAAAGUACAUAGUCUGGCGUUCCCACCAAGCCGUGUCAGCCGAAAAUAUCAUCGCGGUUGCAUACGAGCGUCGUUGGGAGCCGCCAGACAUGGCUUGUGCUCUUCACCAGAAAAUGACUCGGCAUCCCACUCGCAAGGGUGUCGACCUUGAACUCCUCGCCUCACCGUCGCAUUAUGGUGCGACAUUCUUCGUCCCGGCUCUCGCCCGAUUCAUUGCUCAGUACAACAACCCCACACUCUCAAUCCAGCAGAUUGAAGAGUGCGCAGCAACGAUCCGUUUUCCCUUCCACUCGGUUCCAGUCUUUCACAAGAUCAAAUUCUGGAAUGAAGUGGUCCACGGCAAGGAGACUUUGGAUUCUAUCCAUGCCCAUCCCCGCAUCUUCGAUAAAGAUGGCGAUGUCGUAGUCCCUGCCCGUUUCGACACUGCGCUCAUCCAGGUAUGUGCCGCACGACUCGAAGACUUAGUGGGAUCGACACUCCAAGCGAAGCGCGUUGGACAGAUUCGUUUAAUUUUCUCUCUGCCGUCAUCAGCCUUGGGACUUUUUCCUCACAACAGUCCUCCACCUCGCCACCUUGCUUACGUGGAAUGGUUUUCGAAAUUCACGGCAUCUCCUGACGCAAACCUCAAGAUGUACAAGGUGAAACGGACACUCAAAGAUGGUGCAAGGCUCGCUUCUGUUGUGCCUCUGUCACUGAUCCAAACCAGCGUUCAUCUCCUACCAAAAUGGGGGCGUGCCGUACCUGCUCACUGGACGAGUGAGAACGUCCUCGACCAAUGCUCUACAUUCUACGUGAACCCCUUCAAAAAUCGGCAUACCUACUUCAAUUUAUAUUGA